AUGGGUCAACGUGAGGUCGAUUUGCCUCAGCUAUUCAGCGACGUCUCUCGGACCAUCAGCGGCAUUACGAAUAUUAUGGGUGCUGGACCAAGUCAAGACGCUCCCGAAUCGCCUCACGCAUCGGCUUCCACAAUGGUUGGAAGUUUAUUCGGAAAUACUUGCUUUAAAGCAUGUGGUAUGGAGGAUAUACAGUAUGCUGCUAGGUCCGCUGGAGACAUGCUGAUUACCCUACGUAUUUGUAUACUAGCCAGUACCAUAAUCUUUCUCAUAUGUAUGGUUGUACUCACUGGUGUGAUACUGUUUACCGUUUGUAGAAAGUCAACACCAAGGAGAUUUCCACUGCCAGCGUUUGUUCGUGACGUUUUUCCUUCUCGACAGGAAAGUGGCAAAGAAUCGCCAAAUACCUGAAAGUGCACUUAGCUCCUUUUGAACCUGCACUAAAAUUACUGCUGCAACCAUGUCUGUGCUGUAUGUAAAUGCCAUUUUCGGGAGUUUCUGUUUUCUUUUCACCCUGUUUUUCUUAACUGAACAAAUGUGCUAUCCUACCUAGUCAACUUCCGUGCUUUUCCUUCUUCGAUACCAAAUGUU